GCUACAUUCGCUACGCUUACGCGGAUUACCGCCGUUCAAUCGAAGCCGCGAAUUAUGACGCUGACUUUGAAUCGGUCGUGACGAGUCUCAUCCGUCUCAAGAUCCUGCAUUGACUGUUCAUACCUGUUGACAUGGUGAAACUGGCAUAUUCGUCACUCUCCAAGCUCGCGUCCACAGACAUAAUGACCAACGUAUGUCGGAACAAUAUGAUAAAACCCACCUUAUCUGAAGUAUUACAAUCAGAUUCUGUGAAACGGCUGUUUAAUCAACCGGACCUUAUUAUUAAGACGAUCCCUUUUACACCAUUUGAAUCCGACAACUCAUUUUGGCAUAAAAAGAAUGGUAUGAAUUCAGUAUCAAACCGUACAACAGCAUCUGAAAUAUCGAUAUUCCCUGUCGGAACAGUAGAUGAAGAAAAAGAAGAUGCCAAUCUUCUACCUUCAAAAAUAAAGCACAAAAAGUCGGAAAUUGCUUUAUUACCUAUUGAAAAGAAAUCAUGUGGUCAUUAUCAGCCAUGCGAAAAUAUUAUUUGUGACGUGACAGUACAGCAGUAUGUGGAUAAAGAUUGUGUGUCACCAAUGUUAGCGUUGAGCAUAGAAGAAGAUGAGAUAAAUGCACCGGUUGAAAAACACUGUAGGAAUAAAUAUUGCGAUGCAUUAAGCAUCGAUCAUAAUCGUUGCCGUCGGGCAUUAAUAAAAUUAUAUAGAUGUGACAGUUCAUAUAUGUGUGAUAUUUGUGGAAGAACAUUUAAGAAAUGGAUAUCUCGGAUACAUCACAGGAAUUGUAAAAGAAAGAAAGUGUACAUUCAUAACGAUGUAGACAGAUUGCAUUUAAUGAAGGAGAGGAUGCGCAUGCGAGAGUUGCAGAUUUUAGAAAUUGCGAAGAUGAAGAAACGCGAUUAUUCAGAUCCCAACAAAGUGAUGGAGACACUUUGGAAAAAUGAGGAGUUGAUAAUUAUUCCGCAAAAAGCAUCUAGUCAACCAAGUGUCAGCAUGACUUUGCUACCUAGCACUCAAUUAAUCAGCACUAAUGCUCAACCUAUCAUAAAUAAUUCGCAGAUAACUAAAUCUACGAAUACCUUCGGAAGUGAGUCUAUCACGGUUUCAUCACAAAACACCGUAAUUUUUUCCAACAACACGUCAUGUUCAGAAAACAACAUAAAAUCGAUAGGUCAAGUAAGAUUUUCAAAUUUACAACAAAAUUCCCAUUUGGAAUCUACUUCUGUUACGAUUCCAGCUCAAGCUCAAACUCAAGUUCCAGUUUCAACUUCAACUCCAGUUCUAACUCUAACUCUAGUUCCAACUUCAGCAUCGGCUACAGUUCCAACUCCAACUUCAGUUCCAACUCUAACUCUAGCUCUAGCUUCAAAUUCAGCUUCAGCUUCAGCUUCAACUUUAGUUCCGUUAACUCUAACUCUAGCUCCAACUCCGGUUCCAGCUAUAACUCAGAUUUCGGCUCCCAAUGUUACCACUUCUGUAUCUACUUCGAUUGUACCUCCGAACAAACCAUGUAUUCGUCUCGCAGUUCCACCUCAAACUACGUCUGUUCAGCCGUUAAACAACUUAAGUGUAUCAUCAUCACACAUUGCAACGACUACGGCAAUUCAGCCUAAAACGUUCCUUACGCCGAUACGCGUAGUACCUAUAGCCAAUUUGAUAAGCCCGCCGUCGUUGUUACAUCGCACGCAAGGCAUCCCUAAGUUCUGCAUUGUUGCAGAAAAUGUUACGCCGGUGACCACUCCGAAUUCACCGUCUGUUCAACCUACUGUUGCAGCUGUCAGUACCGCCACUGUGCAAGUAAAUGCUCCAAAGUCUCUUACGCACGUUCCAAUACCAAAAGUACACAAAUCACCGAAAUUAAAGAAAAAAAAGAAGAAUUUUUUCUGCGUCUACUGCUCGAAAAAUAUCACGACUGAUUGGUAUUUCAAGGUUCAUAUCGCAAAGCACAAGGGCGAGAAACUUUUCUUCUGUAAUUUUUGUGAUGAAUCCUUCAGUAACAAUUACGAUAUGAAAAAACACAUAACUAAUCAACACACCGAUCAGAAAGAACUUGCAUGUGAUAAGUGCAACUAUACUUGCACGUCACUUGCUGCUUUCAAAAAUCACAUCCAAACACAUGCGAUAAGUAGUCUUAAUAAAACAGAUGUACAUUCGAAAAAGCAAAAAAAAUUGGAACUUUUAGAAAAUAAAAUAAACCAUAAGUUAAUUCACAAUUCACACAAAAGGAAAGUAAAAAGAAUAAAAUACGAGGAUAUAUCCGAUAGUCAGAAUAAACAGCAGCAUAAUAAAGACAAGCAUAAUAAUAAAAAUUUAUCGGCGAUUAAUAGAGACAGCAAUGCGAAGAAAAAAGGGUUUAACCCGUUUGUUUCCGUGAAAAAAAUUGAACUUGAAAAUUUCAAGCAAGACUCUCCUAUUACAUCGAGAUGAAGCAUGUAAUCUAUUUUAGUUUUGAGAUAUAAAAAUAUUUCGCCAAAUAUAAUUUAUUACAAGGAGUUUGU